AAAACAGCUCUCUGGUAGGUGUUUACGCUUAGCGUUUUCACCCUACAAUGAGAUCGCUGCCUAUUUUAGUUCUUUCCCUCCUGAUUCUUGUCCUUGCUGCCCAUGUAUCCCAAGCCGAUGACAAGGGCUCUUCGGUUGGAAAUGGGAAGGAUUCCCAUGACGGUGAUGGUCAUAAAUCAAAUGGUGUAGGGCCGGUGAAAAAACCAAAGUGCCCUAAGCCCGGACAUGGUUCGAAAAACCAUGACAAUGAUGGUCGAGGACCACCAGAAAAGGAGUGCGAUGAUGGAGAGACAACACCGUCAUCACCUGGGCCUUCCCCAGACCAAGGUAAUGGUUCACCAUCACCACCGCCAUCCCCAUCCUAUUCACCACCGGUGACUCCAUCACCUCCACCUUCGUCAGAAACUAGUCCUCCUACUACACCUCCACCCUACCAACCUAGCAAUCAAUCUCCUCCGCCGUCAUCCUCAAGCCCCCCACCAACACCUUCAUCUAGUCCACCUGUUACACCUCCAACCUACGAACCUAAUGAUCAAUCGCCACCGCCUCCAUCUAGUGUGCCCGCGGCACCUCCAAUGAACCCGACUAAUGAUCAGCCUCCUCCACCAACAACGUCAUCUAGCCCCCCACCAACACCUCCGUCUAGUCCCCCUGUUAUGCCUCCAUCCUACGAACCCAACGAUCAAUCGCCACCACCUACAUUGAAUCCUCCGUCCAUUCCAUCACCACCUCCAUCAAGCCCAACUGCGGCACCUCCUAUGAACCCGACUACUAAUCAGCCUCCCCCACCAUCAUCGUCAUCUAGCCCGCCACCAAUAGCUCCAACUACUCAACCACCUGCCUCUAGCCCACCUGCUACACCUCCAACAGACUCAACUGAUGAGGAAACUCCAACAUCACCACCAUCAUCUAGUCCACCACUAACUCUAUCAAGUCCUCCACCACCGUCAUCAAGUACACCACCGGCUCCAUCCAUUGCCACACCACCUUUGUCUAGUCCCCCCGCUACACCUCCAACGUACCAAGAUGAUGACCAGUCCCCUCCACCUCCACCAUCAUACAACCCGCCACCGACAGCUUUAUCUAGUCCUCCACCACCACCAUUGAGUCCGCCAGCAAUAGCACCAACCACUAGCGCACCUCCUCCAUCUACUUCCCCACCGCCUAUGUCUAGUCCACCAGCAACACCUCCAAUAGAC